GGCGUCUACUAGGAGGUCUCGCUCGUCCGCUUCCAGUGUACCGGAUUCCGGUGUGUCCUUCUGCGCCGGAGAAACCUCCGUCGCGCAAACCCGAUGGCCCCGCGCUUAACCCUCCUCCGCCGCCUCUCCACCCACGGCGACCCCAACCUCGCCGCCCUCCUCGCCGUCCUCCGCUCGCCGGAAGCCUCGUCCACGCCGCUCCCGCACGCCCUCUCCCGCGCCUUCCCGUCCCCGUCGGACGCGUUCCCCCUCCACACGCUCCCCGACCUCCUCCCGCGCCUCCCCUCCCCGCUCCUCUCCCUCCGGUUCCUCCUCUGGCGCCUGCCCCCCUCCCCGCCGCUCCCCUCCCCGCACACCCUCUCCUCGCUCGCCGCCUCGCUCCCGGACCUCCCCUCCGCCGUGCCCCUCCUCCUCUCCUCCUCCCCGCGCCCGCUGCCCCUCCCGCACUACGCCCUCCUCCUCGGCAUCUCCGCUCAUGCCGGCCUUUUCCCGGUCUCCCUCGCCGUCCUCCGCCACAUGCGGUCCUCCGGCCUCGCGCCCGACGUGGCCUGCUUCCACUCCGCCCUCCGCGCCGCGCGCUGGCAUGCCGAUGUCUCCGCCGUUCUGGACAUCAUGUCCAGGUCCGGCGUCGACCCGACCGUCCCCCUGAUCGUGACCGCGGUGCAUAGGCUGGCAUACAGGGGCGACUUCGAAGGCGCCCGCUGCCUGAUCGACAAAAUGCCUGAGUUUGGAUGCGCGGCCAGUGUGGUCGUUUACACCGCGAUGCUCGAUGGGAUGCUCGCUUUUGGUCAGGUGGAUGCCGCAGUGGGGCUGCUGGAGGAGAUGGAGGGUGGCAGGCUCGGUGCCGGGUGUGUGCCCAACGUGGUGUCCUACACAUGUUUGGCGAAAUGCCUGUGCCGAAAAGGGAGAAUGGUGGAAGCUCUGAGCGUGCUGGACAGGAUGGUGGCUAGAGGGGUGAUGCCGAAUCGUGUUUUUGUGCGGACGCUGAUCGAUGGGUUUUGCGCGGCCAGGGGGGCUGGCUUGCUUUCCAAGGCGUAUGAUGUGGUGGAGCGUUUGGUCGUUGACGGGACUUUGUCAAGCGGGCAGUGCUAUAAUGUUCUUCUGGUAGGCUUGUCUGUGGCUGGGAUGACAGCGGAAGCUGAAGGCCUCGCGCAGAGGAUGAUGAAGACAGGGGUGCAGCUGAGCCCGCUCGCGGGAAGUGCAAUGGCGAGGGAGCUGUGUCAGAGGAAAAUGUGGUUGCAUGCUUGCUGUUGGUUGAGACUGAUGGAUGAGAAUGGGGUGCUCUGUGAUUCUGAUGUCUAUGCUGGCGUGUUGCUGGGGCUGUGUCAAGAGGGGCAUGUCCUUGAGGCCUCAGCGUUGGUGAGGAAGGUCAUGGAUAGGGGAAUACGCAUUGACGCUUCUUGCGCUGAUUGUUUGGUGCAGUUACUGAAGCAACAUGGUGACGAGGAGCUAGCAUCACAUGUGUUAGGAUUGAGGAGAUCCCCUGAAGUGAUGUUGCUUUGAGCACUGUGUGGUUCUGUGCUCAAUUCUUGUAGAAGAUGGUUUGAAGAACAAGAACAGCGCAGAGAAAAAGCUACCAUUCAUUGGACGACCUGUUAUUUUAACAUUCUUGUGAGUAGAUUGCACGAUCUGCUAUUGUCGCGGAAGAGAGACCCCCGUGUUUGUUAAAGCUAUCACAAUAACUCUAGAUAUCUGCAGAGAGGGAAGCAAAUUAUAGCAAUUUGAAUACCUGCAUCAAUUUUAUGCACAUGUGCAAUUCAAUAGUGCGUUAUCUGUAUAUGAUAUUGUUUGUGCAUAUCCAUGCAAAUGCAACCUUCUCUAUAAACUUGCUUUUUUUCCAAGGGAAAUAUACACCCGCUAUUUGCAUCGAGA